AUGGCCACCCACAUUAACUUCGACAAGAACACCACAGGUGAUGAAGUGGUUCAAGCCUUUGCUAGCCAGGUCAAGGGCCGUACAUUUGCCAUCACCGGUACGAGCGCUGGUUCGCUCGGUGCAGAGACUGCCCUCUCCCUUGCUCGUAAUGCCCAGCCGGCCCAAAUCAUUCUUCUGAGUCCUCACGAGGCUCGAGUUCGGCCGGUUAUUUCAGAGAUCCAAACCAUCAACUCGUCGAUCAAGACAUGGUUUGUCCCUAUUGACCUCGGCAAUUCGGCCUCCAUCCACGCUGCGGUCGACCAGAUAUUUUCCAACCCAGAGAUCAAGAGAAUUGAUGUCCUCAUUAACAAUGCUGGAAUUAUGGCCUGUCCUUACACUCCAGUGUCGGACUGGAAAGAUCCGAAGGGAGCGCCUGUAGAAUUGCAGUUUGGGGCAAAUCACCUUGGACAUUUUUUGUUGACGAUGCUGCUGAUUGACCAGAUCCGGAGGCCUGGUUCAGCUGCGCGCGUUGUCAAUGUCUCUGCGGCUUCCCAUAGAUUCAGUGAAGUCCAUUUCGACGACCUUAACUUUUCGGAUGGUGCGACAUACCAUCCCUGGAAAGCUUAUGCUCAAUCCAAGACGGCCAUGAUCCUCAGCAUGAAAUCUUUGGCAUCCAAGAUACCCAGUGCUGAUGUCACAUUUUUAUCCCUGCAUCCGGGAAUUAUUGCCACUAGCCUGGCACGACAUAUGGACAGCCCGCGGCCUGAUCCUGCAGUAAUCGAGGCCCAUCUGAAGUUUCCAAAUGCCGAACAUCUUGAGCCUAAAACUCUCCAGCAAGGAUGUGCCACCACCAUGGUUGCUGCUUUAGACCCAGCUUUACAAGCUUACUCUGGAUCGUAUCUGAAUGACUGCCAAUUGUAUCCAGCUGCUGAUUUUGCGGUAGACGAAACUGCAGCUGAGCGACUUUGGUCUUUGAGUAAGAGUAUCGUAGGCAUCUAG